UCUUGUUUGCACCGGCCGGAAAAAUCACACUUUUUCACUGUUGUUUUCCGCGCGAACGCUAGUAUUUGUGCAGACACCGCCGCUGCCACACUAAAUUAAAAAAUAAUACGGAUUAUCCGUUCCUAAUUCUAAAAUUAAAAAUUAUGUUCAUUCUCUUUGUUAUUUUUUUUAAAACUGUUUUAUUUUCAUCUGUGGUGGCGUGGUAUGAGCCUGUUACGUAUGACCAGCCCUGGGUACCAGGUUACCAUGAAUACUAUGAAGUCCAUAAUGGUCUUGAAGAGGCAAAGCAUUUCGUUGACGAAUGGACGGUGGAGGUGGAAGGUGGUGCAGAAGUGGCGCAACUGGUCGCUCUAGAACUUGGUUAUGUCUAUGGAGGUCCGAUACGCGGAUUUCCAAACAUGUACGCGUUUUUGAAAUACGAACACGAGAAGCAACGGCGCACCCCAUCCGCGAUACACACUAGCGUACUCAUUAAAGACAGGAGGGUACGUUGGGCAGAACAAGUAUUUUUGAAGUCCAGAGUGAAGCGGUACCCCACUCCUGAUCCAGAAAUGGCCGUUAUAAGGGUUAAAAGAUUACGCACCAACAGCACUGGAGCAAGGAAGCCGCGGGCAGCAGAAGUCGCCAGGCGGCCGCUGUUUAACGACGAACUCUGGAGUAAGGAAUGGUAUUUGCAAGAUACGCGUACUGUACGGAAUCUACCCCGUCUAGAUUUGAACGUGUUACCUGUUUACGAAAUGGGAUUCAAUGGCAGCGGUGUACGAGUGUCGGUGCUCGAUGACGGCAUAGAACAUAAUCACACCGACUUGCGCGCUAACUACGAUCCGGAAAUAAGCUGGGAUUGCAAUGACAAUGAUCCAGAUCCGCAACCGAGAUUUGAAGAAAUAAAAAAAAAUUCUCAUGGAACUAGAUGUGCUGGAGAGAUAGCAAUGACUGCAAACAAUCGGAAAUGUGGAGUAGGCGUGGCUUGGGGAGCAAAAGUGGGCGGGGUCCGGAUGCUUGACGGACGAAUCACCGACAGAAUCGAAGGCGAAGCAAUCGGAUAUGCUUGGGACAAGGUGGAUAUUUACAGUGCUUCAUGGGGCCCUAAUGAUGACGGCCGAACAGUUGAAGGGCCAGGACGAUUAGCUAUUGAGGCUUUCAAAAGAGGCAUUACACAGGGUCGUAACGGGAAAGGCAGCAUUUAUGUGUGGGCGAAUGGGAACGGCGGUGGCCACGAUGACAACUGCAACUGUGAUGGAUACUCAUCUAGUAUUUAUACCAUAUCAAUAGGUAGUGCUUCCCAACACGGUCUGUUUCCUUGGUACGGCGAGAUUUGCUCAUCUACAUUAGCCACCGCCUAUUCCUCUGGUGCUUACAAAGAUCAGAAAAUUGCGACUACCGAUACAAAAGAUUCCUGUACGCUGGGGCACACAGGCACGUCAGCUGCGGCGCCAUUGGCUGCCGGUAUCAUCGCUCUCGCUCUACAAGCCAAUCCUAAUUUAACAUGGCGAGAUGUACAGCAUUUAAUUGUAUGGACAUCAGAAUAUGCUCCAAUAUCUUCGAAUCCAGGCUGGCAAGUCAACGGAGCUGGAUUCCGCUUCGAUAUAAGAUUUGGGUUUGGUCUUUUGAAUGCUGGAGCGCUUGUGGCAACAUCCCUAAAUUGGACCUCGGUGCCCGAAAAAACCAUUUGCCAUGUUCGAUCUCCGUUUUCCAAAAGCGGUAAAUGGAAGCUGUUUUCGAAGGAGCAACUAGAAAUACCAUUACGAGUCGAUAGUAACUGUCUCGUGAACUACAUCGAGCACAUAGAAUUAAUCGUCAACAUCCGAUAUACCCGGCGUGGAGCUCUGCAGAUUUAUCUCAUAUCACCACUUGAUACCAAAGUGCAGGUGUUGAGUGCUCGGCCCAGAGAUGAGUCCACUGCUGGGUUUGUAGACUGGCCUCUUACAUCCGUUGCGACCUGGGGAGAAGAUCCUAAAGGCAUAUGGAAAAUUGUUAUUGUCGACACGACAAAUGAAGACAACAAAGGUGAAGUAGGAUCACUGACAUUAGUCAUACACGGUACCAACGAAAUGCCAGCUCACAUGAAAGAUGGGCCAAGGAAGUAUAACGAUGAAUACAAUAAAUACGAAGAAACGAAUUAUUUAGACAUAUCAGACAACAUUCCUAGUGAAGACGAAGCAUUGCAAGUACCAGAACAGCAUAGCACUGAAGAGAUUAGCGUAGGCGAAAUAGAUCCUACGAUUCUAGCAGAAGUGGAAAAAGAAUUACAAAGGAUCCACCAUAGAAUUUAUAUCACUUCUAGAGGAGUUUAAUUUAGGAGUGGAUUCGUUAAUAUUUUAUCAAUGUAAUGUUCGUUCGUGAUCUCCUGGUAUUAAGUUAUUUAUAAAAUUAGUUUAUUGCAUCACAUUUUAUGUGCGUGCAUCCAUUGCAACAUUUAUUAAACAAAGUAAUAAUAGUGAUGAUUAUAAGCACACAUACGUGUUUACAAAAUAUGAUUAAGUAAUAAAAGUAUUUAAUGCCUUUAUAGGUACUUAUUUAAAAAUUAAAUGAAGUCAAAAUUAAUGUAAUAUACCUACUCCUUUAAAUCAUUUAGUUUCAAAGCGUUCACGAUUCAGGUUAAGUUCUUUCGGGCUGUUCACGAAAUUUGACAAAACAAUAUGUUCUCUUCCUCGAAACUAGCAGGUCUAUUCAUUCAUAUUUCUUUUUAAUCACGUUUUUAUUCCACAAGGGACCGACAGAGCCAACCCAAGUCUUUUCAAAACUGAAGGGCCACGUUCAGCUUUAUAGUAUAUGUGUGUCUAUUCACUUCGAUUAAUCUCAUAGAUAUUAAUCGAGACAAGUUAUGUUAAAAAAUGUCUUAUCAUCUUCCUUAUCACGUUCGUGGCUAAAUAACCACUGCAUAACAUAAAAUUGCUUUGCUAAUUAAAAAAAAACUCCUAACGUAUAGAUAAGGCAAUGAAGGUUUGUAGUUAUGUUGCCUUCAUUUAUUUACAUACAUACAUACAUAAAAUCACGCCUCUUUCCCGGAGGGGUAGGCAGAGACUACCUCUUUCCACUUGCCACGAUCUCUGCAUAUUUCAUAUAGUGUUUUUUAUGUCAAUAUUAAAAAGUUGUAUUUUGUUGAGUACUUACCUAUUAGAGAUAGAACUAAAUAACUGUAUUUAAACCAAGCUGUAGUCAUAUAUUUAAUAAUAAUUCAA